UGGUUAAUUAAUUGUGUGGUUUGGAUGGAUCAGGAAUGUGUUCAAGCUUGAUGAGUUGGGUGUUGAGAUCAUGAGGAUUGCUGUCCCUGCUGCAUUGGCAUUAGCAGCUGAUCCAUUAGCUUCUCUAGUUGACACAGCAUUCGUUGGCCGUUUAGGUUCCAUGGAGAUUGCCGCCGUAGGGGUUUCUAUUGCCAUAUUCAACCAAGUGUCAAAAGUUUGCAUUUACCCCCUUGUUAGUGUUACGACAUCCUUUGUUGCAGAGGAAGAUGCUAUCAUUAGCAAAGGCGUCGAAGAAGAGAAAAGCGAAGAUUUAGAAAAAGCUUCUUCUGCAGAUAAUGACAUGAAUGAGUUGCCUUCUUUCAGUGAUUCUGAAAGGACAUCGUGCGGCAACGCAUUCUACCUUGCCACCGAAUGUGUGAAUGUAUCAAGAUAUGGAUGUAAGAGGAAAUACAUUCCGUCGGUUUCGUCGGCACUAAUAGUUGGCGGAGUUCUCGGACUUCUUCAGGCCAUAUUCCUCAUUUGUGCCGCGAAACUGGUUUUAAACAUCAUGGGGGUGAAGCAUGGUUCCCCUAUGUUAACCCCCGCAUUACGAUACUUAACAUUGAGAUCUCUCGGUGCUCCGGCGGUUCUCUUGUCCUUGGCCAUGCAAGGCGUUUUCCGAGGGUUUAAAGACACGAAAACCCCUUUAUAUGCUACCGUGGCUGGAGAUGUGACAAACAUUAUAUUGGACCCGAUUCUGAUGUUUGUUUUCCAUCUGGGUAUCAGUGGCGCGGCAAUCGCCCAUGUUUUUUCUCAGUACCUCAUAACAACAAUCUUGCUAUGUAGACUGGUGCGGCAAGUUGAUGUUGUGCCACCUAGUAUUAAAGCUCUAAAAUUUAGUCGCUUUCUCCGAUGUGGAUUCCUGCUGCUAGCAAGAGUAAUAGCAGUGACAUUCUGCGUUACACUAGCUGCAUCUUUGGCUGCUCGCGACGGGCCGAUCAUUAUGGCAGCUUUUCAGAUUUGUUUGCAGCUUUGGUUGGCGACUUCUCUUCUUGCCGAUGGAUUGGCUGUUGCUGGACAGGCAAUUCUCGCCAGCGCAUUUGCCAGGAAGGAUUAUCACAAGGCAGUAACUGCUACAUCCCGCGUAUUGCAGUUAAGCGUUGUUCUGGGGAUAGCCCUCACAGUUUUACUCGGAGUUGGAAUGCAGUUUGGGUCCGGCAUUUUUACGAAAGACGCCAAUGUCAUGAAAAUAAUCCAUAGAGCCAUUCCGUUUGUUGCCGGUACGCAAUCGAUCAACUCGUUGGCUUUCGUGUUCGAUGGCGUCAACUUUGGAGCAUCCGAUUACACAUUUUCCGCAUAUUCUAUGGUUGCGGUGGCAGUGGUAAGCAUUCCUUCCUUGAUAUUUCUCUCAUCACAUCUUGGAUUUAUGGGAAUAUGGAUUUCACUGACGAUCUACAUGAGCUUACGAACUAUUGCUAGCACUUGGAGGAUGGGAGCAGCAAGGGGUCCCUGGUCUUUUCUGCGAAGAUAAUUUUUCUCCUCACAGUAGGUCGUAAUAUACAAACUUGGAAUAAACAGGACUAGAUUAUCUUUGCACUUCACAAAAAGGCUUGUGCAUAGAGGAGAUAUAUCUCUACACAAGACGAAAACAUAAAAGAGGGUGUUACUUACAACGAAGAUGAAGAUUCACAAGCCAUCGCACACUCUCAACAACAAAAACAUUUGAGUGAUCUUUCUUUGUAAUAUGUUAGAUUGAAGCAUUCAGUAUGAGACAGCACACAUUCAAAGAUCUUACACCUUCUAUUUCACCUUGUAUAACAUAUCUUCUGUAACCUGUAUGUUUGCUAUUUCGAGCAUAAUCAGCUUAUUCUUA